GCUUUAUGAUUUGGAGCGAAUGUGGGAUUUGCUUUGAUUUAUUUAUUCCUCGCUUGCGAGUUCAAUAGACGACUCUUUAACUUUGGUUUUUCUUUCGCGUGCACGGUGCGAAAAUUGAUCGAUCGCAUCGCGCAUAUGGAUUUUUUGCUAUCUUAGAUAAUGUGUACUAUAUUCAAAUCUGCUUGAUUCCCUCUUAUACCACAGAAAUAGCGUCUCUCGCGCACUAUCAACCCCAAAGGCACCACCAUGGACCUCCCACCCAAGCGACCCCAUCUCUCCUUCACAGAGCUUACCAACGACUACGAUGACGAUGACGAUAACGAAACCUCCGAAACCAACCAGCAGGACCCCGACGAGUCCCACCAAGUCAACCUUCAAGAAGCGCGCUUCCACAACGACCAACGGCUAAAGUCCAUCUUCGAGGGGAUAUUCGAAAAGUAUGAAAAGGACUUCACGGACGUCGGGGAUGAGAUCGAUCUUGAGUCCGGGUCGAUCUUGGUAAAUAAUGGGCAUAUUGCGACGAUGGAUGGGGAGGGUGAUACCGGUGAGCGUGGGUUUUGGUUGUUUGAUCAGGAGGAGCUGGGGGAGGAGGGACGGGUUGAGGGUGAGGAUUAUGAUGAUGAUGAUGAUGGUUCUGCGGGUGUCUUUGAGGUUCCAGAUACCUUGGAGGGGGAGACUGGUGGGGAUGGGGAUCUUGCGAUAGGGGAGGAUGAGGGGAUACGGCCACCGCAUCUGCCGUACACGGAUCGAUCAUACAAUCUUGAUGGGCAGUCGGAGCGCCCAGAAGACAAGGAAACCCAUGAUGUGGACUCUGAAGUCGAGGACAACCACGGCGAUCAAGAAAGCGUGCAUUUCUUCUUGGACGAGCAAGGCAAGAACAACCGUGGCGGAGACGCAGCCUACCCACCUGCCGCUGGAAAAGGCAACAACUCCUCGACCGAAACACCCCUCCCACCUCAGAGCGCGCCAGCUCGGACGACAGCAACAGCAACAGACCCCAAAUGGCACUUCCCCGAAAUCAGCAGGAGACUCUGGACACCACCCGCCCACAAACCGCGCCCACCUCCCACCCCCAUCAACACUAUUCGAUCUGCGUCUCCACCAGGAUCAGGUUCACUCUGGGCUCUGCCGGGGAAGAGGCGGAAUGCAGGUAGCACGAAAAAGAAACCUUCAACCAUGGCUAGCCAGCGGAAGCGGAAGCGUCACUCAAGUCCUGUUGUCUGCGACUGGUCUUUUGCGAAGACGCCUGACGGUAGCGAGUCUGAUGAUCCGUUGCAGGAGGAUUACGAGCCUUCGCCUACGCCGAGGAAGGGGGUUCCGAUUCGGGGGAAGCGUCGGAGGGUUGAGGAUUUAGUCGGGGUGGAUGAUCAGUCUCUUCGGAAGGAGGAAUCCCGUGGUGAGGAUCAGGAACAUGUCGACACCGCGCAAUCGCAAUCGCAAUCGCCUGGAGACGGAGACCGGGACAGUUCAAUUGAGACGCCGCGGCCAGUACGCACGGCGUCUACGAAUACUGCGCUCGAUUCAGAACCCAUUGAACCAUCUAACAACGAUAAGAUACACAAUUCCACAGUCACAGGAGAUGAUUCCAGGCGCUCGCCAGCAGCCCAAAGUCCUACCACCCCCAUACAGAGACGCAAGAUCACACCAGAAGAAGCCAAGUUACUCGUCACGAUGCGACAAAACCAAGGGAAACGGUGGAAAGAAAUCCGAAGUCAUAUUCCGGACAAGAAAGAGGUCCUGCUCAGCAAAUGGUUCGGUUCGCACUGGACGGAUCGUCUAAUGAAUCCCCUUCCGUUGUCUGCCCCUUGGUCUAAAACGGAGCAAGCGAAGCUCGAUAGCCUUAAGAACCAGCCGGGUCUCACAUGGGAUGCAAUUCGUGCGAGUGUCCCCGGACGACCGUUUGCGGAGGUUGAAUUCGAAUUAUUGCGAGCUUGGGUUGGAGAGGAUGGACGGGAUGGUACUCAAUAAUCAAUGCUCGUUGGGUUAUGAUAUCCGUCACACCUAAAGCUGGGUCAAGCCAUCCGCGGGGGUCUUGUAUAAGACCUU